AUGAACAAUUAUAACGGAAAAGCCAAUGAGUCACCGCCAAAGUGGCACAAGAUCGCCGCCAAAGUGGCAGUCGCGACCCGGCUUGAGCAAAGUUUACAUCCCAGAGACUCGCCGCCAAAGUGGCAGUCGCAAAGUACUCUGUCAUUUUCCACCUUUCGAGUACCCGCCGCCAAAGUGGCAGUCGCAAAGUACUCAUUUUUCACCUUAGAAUUCACCGCCCGCUUACAUCUGAAAAUCAUAACCCUAAAGUGCCUAAAUGAUGAAUGA